CUGCAGGGAAAUCGACAUUUGUGAAUAUUCUCAAGCAAGCUGAUGAGGAAUGGGAAGUUGUUCCUGAGCCUGUAGCUAGGUGGUGCAAUGUUCAGCAAAGCUCUGAGGAGGAUUGCGAGGAGCUGACUGCAUCGCAGAAGGGCGGCAAAAAUGUGCUUCGGAUGAUGUACGAGAAACCGGAGAGGUGGUCUUUCACUUUCCAGACGUACGCGUGCCUCAGCAGGAUCCGGGCUCAGCUCAGAUCCCUUGAUGGCAAACUCAGCGAGGGGGAGAAUCCCGUGGUCUUCUUCGAGCGAUCUGUCUACAGUGACAGAUACAUCUUUGCAGCUAAUUUAUACGAGUCUGAUUGCAUGAAUGAAACUGAAUGGACUAUUUACCAAGACUGGCAUGACUGGAUGAAUAAGCAGUUUGGGCAAAGCCUAGCGCUGGAUGGGAUCAUUUAUCUCAGAGCCACUCCUGAGAAAUGCUUAAACAGGAUUUACUUGCGUGGAAGAGACGAAGAGCAAGAAAUUCCCAUUGAGUAUCUGGAGAAGCUUCAUUACAAACACGAAAGUUGGCUUCAGCAUAGGACACUGCGAACGGAUUUUGAAUACCUGCAGGAAAUACCUAUUUUAACGUUAGAUGUUAAUGAAGACUUCAAAGGCAAAAAGGACAGAUAUGAUCACAUGACUGAAAAGGUCAAAGAAUUUUUGAGCACGUUAUAAUCCUCUUUGAAGCACAGGCAGAGUCAAACUGUUCCAAACAUCUGUGCGAUCAAAGUCUGAAGUACAGCUUCUGCUUUUAUAGAAGGCCUCUGGAGAGGCAGGACUCGAUCCUGUUGAUGUAAUUGUGAGGAACAAACAAACUUUGUGAAUAGGGAAAUUAUUCAAUAAAUCAGUAGGUCUGUCAAGUAUUACAUUAAGUAACACACACAAAUUUGAAGAUACUAGAAUUCUGAGAGUUCCGGAACAUUGCGCCUGUUUCUAAUCAGACCAGUAAGUUGUUCUGGAGUAUCUUACUGUAUUCUGUUUAAUUUAUAUUGUGCCCAGUAGCUAUUGAAUUCUGAAGAAGGUAGUGGUAUUUUAGAUCUCUUCAGUGGUUUUUUUUA